AUGGAGUUGUUAGAUCUUCAGAGUUCCUGCAGCCAGAUCUUCAGCCGUCUCCACCAAGUGUUCCCAUACCUGUCUCCACAAGAAAUGGCAGAAUUGUAAGGAGGAAACCGGUGUUGAGGCUGAGCUAACAAUCUUGGACUUUUGAAAUUUUUUAGUUAGUGUUAAUCCGUUUUAAGUUAUAUUUACGUUUUCAGUUUUCAAUUUCAUGUUAUUAUGUUUUUUGUUUGUUUAUUCAAAGAAGGGAAAUGUAACGAUGUCACAAUAGCCUCUACGGGCUUGCGCUGCACAAUGAGAACUGAUAACCCAGAUGCAUGUACACGUGUUUUGUUAUGUAUCUUUGCAAUGGUCAACUUUCGAUCAGAUUACAUCAUUGUGUUAUCUAGCUGUAUUAUUUAGUCCACCUAUUGAUUUCCUGAUUACGUUACAUCCAAUUUUGGGAAUCUUUUCUGAGGGACAUAUUUUGGCCAAAGAAUUUGUCUAAGGUAUCUUCUAUUCGUCGUGGAAGACGACAAGAAACGAUUUCUCGACCUAUCUACUGCAGGAAAAAGCAAAAGAACAGGAAGCAGAUUAUUGUGUAUGAUACAGGCCUAGUGGUUAAUUCCUCUUUUCCCCAUCUUGAGGCCUCUUCAGAUAGCAAAGUAUAG